AGAGAUACGGGUACGCUAUCAGUCGAUUGGAUAUUUUCGAUGGUUAGCGCCAAAUUGGGUACAUCAGCUCAUCAACGUUUUGUUGUGGAUAUUGUUCCUACGCUAAGCUCCAUAUCGAGAGCCGACAGCUUCGUUGACACGAAUCAUGAGAGGUGCUUGGAAAGCUUUGAGAGAAGAUAUCCGGUGAUGUUCGGACUAGAGCUGGAUGUUUCCGAUGAGGUAGCAAUGCUGGACAGAAAUGGUAAUAUUCCGAAGGACGGUAAGGAUGCGAACAAGAACACACAUCAAAACGGGCAGUUAAGCAGAGAUAUUGACACUGCAGAUAGAGGAAAGUUAGAGGUGAGCUAG